UUCAAAAAACAACCGCCAAAUUCAAAAUGCACGUCGUCCUGUUUCUAAACCUUUUUAUUGCUUGCGGAUCAGCACUAAACCCUGUAAAAACCAAUGAUAUCAAAGGAAUGCUGGGAGAAGAUGUUAACCUAAAAUGUGAACUUGCAAUUCCUAGAAAUGUAUUGCAAGUUACAUUGCAGAAAAUAAUAGGGGAAUCGAUUGAAAACAUAGCAACUUACAGUGAGAGAUUUGGCUGUAAAGUAACAGAGAAGUUUCAAAAUCAUGUUAUCUUGGUGAAGAUGGAUCUGAAAUAUUGUUCAAUUAUAAUUAAGAAUGUGACAAAGGAAGAUGAAGGGUGCUACAGAUGUCUCUUUAAUUCCUACCCUAAAGGAGCUGUCCAAGGAAAGACCUGUGUUUCAGUCUAUGAAACGCAUACUCCCAUUCUUGAAAUACAGUCUUUAGUGGAUUCUGACAAAGAAAAGGAAUUGGCUGUGCUUACAUGUUCUGCUACUGGCUUACCAGCUCCCACGAUUUCAUGGAAGAAUACGGAAUCUUUUAUUAUCAUUCACCAACCAUCCUUUAUUAAAAAUCCCAAUGGAACAGUAACUGUGACACAAAAUGCGACCUUAAGUUAUCUCAGGCUUUCUAACAUUAAAGAAGUAACUUGUAUAGCAGUCUAUCCAGACCUACCCAGAGCAGAGGAGAAAUCACUAUCAAAUGACUUUAUUUCUCACUACAUGGCACAAAAACAAUAUUCAACUUCAGAAUAUAAGCAUGAAACUUCAAGGAUAUUACUGAUUGUUUUUGGAAUAUCUGGAUUUUUGCUAAUUGUUGUUGUUGUUUGCGUAAAAAAGAAAAAUGAACUCUUAUCAUUUUAUGAGUUGAAGUCUACUUUUUUAAUCAACAGCAAGAGAUGUUUAGAUCGAAAAAAACAUUCUCAAAAUGAAAAUGUUUGUGAGACCCCAAGAAAGUCCAGCUGUGAAAAUGUUAAUAUAAAUCAAUCAGGCGGUACAAUGAACACACCUCGAAGAAGAAAAGUGUUAUCUUCUAAAAGUGACAAGCAUCUUCCAUUGCUUAAAGAAGGGCCACCAGCUGAUGUGGGUUCAGUUCAUUCACCUUCCAACGCUGUGGAGAAAACGGUUUUUCAAUGGUGCUUAGAAAAGGAGAAUAUGGUUGAAGGUGUAAAACCGACAAGCUGUGAAAAUUUUAAUAUCAACCAAUCAGGUGGCACAGUGAACACACCACGAAGAAGAAAUGUGUUAUCUCCUAAAAGUGACAACUGCAGUAAGAAGAAAUUAGAAUUUGAAAGCCCUAGUUCUCAGCCACUUGGGAAUUCAUCAGGAUACAAAAGGUCAAUAAACUUUUAAAAAUAUCCCAGGUUAAGUGAAAGUUCAUUCACUUUUGCCGCAUUUCCAGUUUUUUGAAUAAAGGCCACGAGACAUCUUCUUCACUGUCAAAUGUACCAGAAUGUGGAUUUUAUUAGUGUGAAAAGAGCUCAAUUCGAAAAAGCAGGCUUACUUCGAAAACUCAGAUUUUCCAUUUCACGAAAGCCUUUUCUUGAAGCACCCUAUAAAAUUGCUUAUCGAGAAAAAGAAGCCCCACAUUAUUGGAGAGACUUUAGAAAUGCUAUAUGUGUUGGAAAUGGUCGAAUUGGUUUGUUGACUGAAACAGAGGGAAAAAUGGAAGCAGUUCCCUUGUCAAAUUUAUUUUCACUAACUUCUAACUGAAAUUUUGGCAAAUGAUGUAAUACAUUCAAGAAUAGUUGAUACAGUAUGUCUUUUAAUAUUUUGAAACUGGUCAUUGAGGAAUUGGCAGCCUCACCAUUCCUCAUCAGGAUGCAAUUGGAUGAAACUACGGACAUUUCUCAAUGUACCCAGCAUCUUGUUUUUGUUCCCUAUGUGUAUGCUGACGUCAUCAAAGAAGUCGUCUUAUUUUGUAAGUCUCUUUCAGGAAGUACGAAGGCCGACAGCAUUUUCAAAAUGGUAAAAAGUUUUUUUUUGUUUUGUUAUACCAAACAAAACGUUGAUUAGAAAGAAAAACUUUCUCUUUAUGCUGAUGAAGUUCUUGUGAUGCUUGGUAAUGCAUCUGAUUUUGUUACUUUAGUGAAAAAUGAAGUUGCUCAAGUCGUUGUCAUGAAUUGCUUUUUACAUAGACAGAGACAUGUACUGGCAACAAAGACUCCUCCAACAACCCUGAAAGAAGCUUUGUCAACAGCCAUAAAAGUUAUCAAAUUUAUUAAAAGAAGUUCUCUGAAUCUUCUUAUUUUUAAAAUGUUUUGUCAAAAAAUGGGAGCAGAAUAUGAAGUGCUUCUCUACCACACAGAAGUGCACUGGCUUUUCUUGGAAGAAAGAGAGAACCCCCUCUUGGAACAUUUUGAAAAAAAAGGAUUUUAUCCAUGGGUUGACUUACCUGAAAGAUAUUUUUUACCAUUUGAAUGAGAUAAAUCUUUCCAUUCAAAGCCGUGAAGUCACCAUUAUGGAUGCUACUAAAAUAUUAUAAGCUUUCUUGACAAAGUUUGAAAAGAGAAAUUUGCGAACACUUGAAAGCAUUACAGAAUUCUUUUAAGUUAUAUCUUUAUCUUGAUUGCAUGAAAACUGAACCAUGCAUCUGAAAUCCUUUUAAUUCUGAUAUAAACUGUAUCAAAGUUAUUAACUUAACCAAAGAUGAACUCAUUGAUCUUAGGACAAAAAACUUACUACAAUUGGAGAUUAACUUGAAAAUCCUUGGAGAAUUCUGGUGUUCCCUGACAGAAGCCUAUCCUUGUCUUGUAAAGCAAGCUAUGGAAGCUUUGAUUCCCUUUGUAACAAUAUAUCUUUGCAAAACAGGAUUUUCAACACUUGUAACAAUGAAAACAAAAAUCAAAAUAGAGUUGCCUUGUCAAAUACCACACCACAGUUUAAUGUUCUUAUUCAAGAUAAACAACAGUCUUCACACUGACAUGUCUUUAAAAAAGUAAAAUUUAAUUUAAAUAAUAAUACAAUACAUUUAAAACAUAGGAAAGUUAAUGUGUGAAGAAAGAAGCACAUACAGUGGACCCUUGACUUACGAACUCAAUUCAUUCGCGAGGGCUGGUUGUAACUCAAGUUGGUUGUAAGUCAAGACUAUAUUUCCCAUAAGAAAUAAUGGAAAUGCCCUUAAUGUGUUCCGAACCACCCACAGCAACACUUACUUAACUUUUUUUAAUAGAAAAGGGUUGUAUAAUGUGCAUAAUUUACCAAAAACACCAAUACUUUUUCUAAUGUACUAACCAAUAAGUUAUAAAAAGUGCCUAGCCUACCAUCCAUCCAUCCAUCCAUCCAUUAUCCAACCCGCUGAAUCCAAACACAGGGUCACAGGGGUCUGCUGGAGCCAAUCCCAGCCAACACAGGGCACAAGGCAGGAACCAAUCCCGGGCAGGGUGCCAACCCACCGCAGGACACACACAAACACACCCACACACCACGCACACACUAGGGCCAAUUUAGAAUCGCCAAUCCACCUAACCUGCAUGUCUUUGGACUGUGGGAGGAAACCGGAGCGCCCGGAGGAAACCCACGCAGACACGGGGAGAACAUGCAAACUCCACGCAGGAAGGACCCGGGAAGCGAACCCGGGUCUCCUAACAUCGAGGCAGCAGUCUUUAUAGUAAGACUGCAGUAUUACUAUAUCAUAUGUUUCUUUAUUUUAGUAACUGUAUUUCAAUACAACUGGUUUCCUUUGUAAUUUUAUUUUAUGCAUUUAAAAACAUUAUUCUGUGAAGGGGUCCUGACUGGCAGAGGGGUCCAUGGAACAAAAAGGGUUAAGAACCCCUGCUUUAAAUGAAGAAACCAAAAAAUGCCUUCAAGUUUUUUGAAAUUUAUGAGCCAAACCUAACCUAGCUUUGAAUCACUGACAAAGUUACACUACAGUAUAUGAAUGUAUAUACAUGAUUAAUGACUUUAUUUGUAUUUUUGCUGCUUAACUUGAUAAU